GUAAAAUACACUUAGUCUAUUUAUAUAAGAAAGUUCGCUAAACCGCAUCAUUGAACGCUGCUUUAUAUGUUUUAAACCUCGUUUAAGUUAAGAUCAGGAAGUAUAUUUUUUAUAGUGUUAACAUUCUUGAAACAAAACGGGAUUAAUGUUGAAAUUUUGAAGGAGAAAAUGGCCAAUUCGUGGAGAAAUGCGACAUCGCCACUUACUUCAACGAUCGCAAAGGGUUCAGAAGAAGAUCCGGAAAGAAAUUUGAAAUCGCCACUUUCUUCAACGAUCGCAAUGGGCUCAGAAGAAGAUAUAAAGUUGUUUUGCCAGCCAUGUGACAGGUCCGGACCCAGAUUUCCCGCAUUUGGUUACUGUAUCAACUGCAAGGAAUAUCUUUGCCAGAACUGCUUCAGCGGCCACAAGAAGGUUGCACCGCAUACCAAGCAUAUCCUUUUGGAUAAAGAUGCAAUGCCCAUAUCACAGAUAUCUCAAACAGCUGCAAAUGUUGUUACUGGUGCUUCCGACGAGCUAACUACACCUUGCCCAGUACAUAACGAAAAUAUGUUAACCUUUUAUUGCUAUCACCAUAAAUCUUUUAUUUGCAGAAAGUGUAAGAAUUCGGACCAUACCAGUGCACAUUGUGAUGUUGCCUAUAUACCCGACUUAUCUGAGCAAACUCUGAAUGGGAAAGAAUUUAGCGAUACCGUAGAAAACUUGGAAGAUAUAAUAAACCAAAGUGAAAAGUUAAAACUAGAGUAUGAAAUAUUAGCGAAAGAAUCAAAUUCAUCUUUGGAGAAAGCAAUAUCUGCCAUGACGAAUUUCAGACGAGAACUCAACAAUAAGAUGGAUGAAUUAGAAACUACAUUUCUGAACGAAGCACAAAAAGUUUCACGUGAUAAUUUUACGGAGAUGAGGAAAGUUGAGACGGCGCUAAAUAAGGUGACCGAGUCUACAAAGUCAUUGCUGGGAUCUGUAAAAGUACUAAACAAAACAAAGAAUGGAAAGAAACUCUUUAUGAAGUUGAAAUCCGCUAGGAAGGAUAUGCAAACCAAUGCAAGUUUGUUAACAAAUCUAGCGAAAAGCAAGGACAAAACCAAAAAAGAAUACGCAUUUAAAGCAAAUGAAACGGUUGCAAUAAGUUUUAAUCAGGAGAAGGCGAUCGGUAAACUAGUUCAGAAAUCAGAGCUGUCUACAUGUCCGUCAGAGAUCUGCGUAAAGACACCAGAAGAUCGUAACAAUUGCUGGAUUACCGGAAUGACCCUUCUUUCCCCAGAUAAGCUUAUCUUGGCUGAUUCUUCGAACAAAUCAGUGAAGAUGGCCGAUGUGAACCGCAGAACGGUCACCGCUCAAAUAAAUGUUGAUGGAGCACCUUGUGAUGUAACAAAGGUUUCAAAUGACGAGCUCGCUGUCACUCUGCCAGACGAAGGACAGAUGAACUUUAUAUCUGUUAUCUCAAACAAACUCGUUUUGAAACAAUGUUUAAAGACAGAAGGAAAAUUCUGUGGUAUAAGCUACUGCUCUGGUAAAGGUUUUGCAGUGUGCUUUGACAACCCAGCAAAAGUAGGAAUACUGGAUAUAAAAGGAAAUCUGCGUUCAACAAUCAAAGCAAAUUCGAAAGGAAAAGAUAUAUUCUCGGGACCAGACUACGUAAAAACUAAUAGAGAUUAUAUUUUUGUCUCUGACCGGGGCAAGAAGGCAGUAAUUCGGCUGAAUUGGAACGGUGAAGUAACCGGAGAGUAUUCUAGUAAUAUGAGGUGCCCACAGGGACUUGCACUUUCGGUGGAUGGGGCGGUAUUUGUCUGUGAUCACAGCUCAAAUAGUGUGCGUGCAGUUUCUCCUGAUUUCAGUAGCGGGACAGUUUUGAUACCGGAUAUAAAACGUCCAUGUGCCGUCUGUCUUUGUGACAAGAGUGGUCAGCUGUUUAUCAGUAGACACACUCAAAACAAAUCAUACGACAACUGCGUGCAAAUCUCCAAAAUGACCUGACGAAAAUCAUUAUUGCACCAUAUUUAUCAGCGCUAAUGCGACGGUAGUUUUUUCCAUUUAGCCUGCUGGUGGCAAGUGAUUCUGCCUUUGCGACCAGUGCAGGCCAAGAUAAGCCUGCACAUCCGUGCAAGCUGAUCUUGGUCUGCACCGUUCACUGUUCAGUCAGUAAUUUAGUACUGCCCAUACGGAAUGACAGACCAGUCGGUUUUAGACAAUCAGCAGGGUACUAGUAAAGGUUAAACAGUUUUGAUUUCCAGUUAUGUCAGUUUGGAGGAAGCGUUGUACACAAAAUACAAAUGAUUAUUAAUCAGCUUCUAAAAUGUGCAUCGAAUAGGUUUUCGUAACAGAUUAUUACUCAAAUUAGAUAGCUUUUUUUAAAUUAAUGUAGCACCAGGUUUUAAUAUUCAUAAGGUUUUAGAAAUGGUUGACCACUCCAGUGUUGGGUAAGUUGACCCCUUUAUCCCAUAUUACAUGUAUAUUGUUGAAUAUCCUAUUGCAGUGCUGGCUGUAGAAUCAAAUCAUUGAAACGAUUCUUUUGUGGCAUAGAAACCAGCAUAAUUGGUUAAAUUUAGUCUGUUCUUGAGAGGUAUUAAUGAAAUGUAUAGCAUCCGCACGCCCCUAUCGCCAGCUUAAACCGAAUUUUAUUACACCAAAGUAUUUAACGGAUGCUGUAAUUCAUGAUGAGGCUACGCAUUUAUACAGUUACCCCAAAACAUUUUUGUUCAUCGACAGAAGUGUUUCAGUAUCGUAACAGAAAUAUAGGAUCCUUUUUCUAUGAAUUCUAAGUUUCAUAGCCCGGCACGUAGUGGGAACUUAAGUACGUUACAUGUGCCGGUAAUUAAAUAUAACUGCUUAAAGUUGAAACCGAAACUGUAUAUGUAUAUCUAAAACUACUUUGAAAGAGAGAUACUGAUGUAGAUAAUAAAAAGCUUCAAAAUUUU